AUGAAUUGCUAUUCAGCUCCAGUUUCUUGCUGUAAACCAACGGUGCAAAUACAGACAUCUACUGACGAUAUGAUCCGUGAAGUCGUACGCCAACACUACGUCAAAAUAGUGACCAGCGAUAAGACAGCACCGGUUGAUUGUUGCGGUGUCAAUGGAUCCUGUUUUGUGCCGAAUACAGAUACGAAUUAUGCCAACAAAUUGGGCUAUACUAAAGAACAAUUGGCACAUAUACCUAAAGGUGCUAAUCUUGGUCUAGGAUGUGGUAAUCCAAGCCAAAUGGCAAAUAUCAAAGUGGGUGAAACUGUGUUGGAUAUGGGUUCGGGUGCCGGUUUCGACGCUUUCAUUGUGGCCCGUGUUGUAGGAUCUAGUGGUCGAGUGAUUGGUAUCGAUAUGAUACCAGAAAUGGUAGACAAAGCACAAGCAAAUGCCUUAAAAAGUGGUCACCAAAAUGUAGAGUUCCGUUUGGGUCAGAUUGAGGACAUGCCAGUCGAUAACGAAACGAUUGAUGUGAUUAUAUCAAACUGUGUGAUCAAUUUGGUGCCAAAUAAAGCCAAAGCGUUUACCGAAGCAUAUCGUGUGUUGCGACCCAACGGUCGACUCGCUAUUUCGGAUGUCGUGACCAGUGUUGACAUACCUAAAGAUAUUCGUCAAGAUAUGAGUCUAUGGUCCGGGUGUAUAGCCGGUGCCACUUUAAUUAAUGAUCUGGAAAUGUAUUUAAUGUGCGCUGGAUUUGUUGACAUUAAGAUAGUGCCUAAAGAUGAGAGCAGACACUUCAUAAAAGAUUGGGCGCCCGGUUUGGGUCUCGAAGAUUAUGUUAUAUCUGCUAAUAUUACUGCAAGAAAACCUGUUUAG